CAGCGCGGCCAGCACCACCACAAUCCAUAGUUGCAGGCGAGGCCAAGACAGAAAUACCGGGGGAGAGGGGGAAAUCUCGCGAAAAGAAAUCAAACAGCAGGAAGCGCAUGAGCGCGGCGCGGUCUGGCGUCGUCGCCCAGCUGUGCCCGUGCCGCGGUGGUGCCCCCUGCUCCCCGUAUAAACCCCCAAACGGGCGUGUUCGCAAGAGACAAAAACAACACGGCGGUCAUAGGCGGCUGAUUCGGAUCGGGCGCUAGCUACAUGACCAGCCUCCUCGCCAAUAGGAUCACUACGCUCGUGCGCGCUCCCAUGGCCGCCGCGGGGGCGAGGCCAUUGCACCUGCACCGGAUCCCGCCGCGGGGGCAGGAGGAGGAGGAGAAGGAGGCGGCAGCGGAGGAGGAGGACCAGCGGCAGCAGCGCCGCCGCAGCAGCAGGGGCUCGCUGUCCUGUUCGGCGUCCUCGUCCUCGGAGCGGGCGGCCGCGGGCGUGGUGGUGAUCGUCGGCGCCACGGGCACCGGCAAGACGAAGCUGUCCAUCGACGCGGCGCGGGCGCUCGGCGGGGAGGUCGUGAACGCGGAUAAGAUCCAGCUCUACGCCGGCCUCGACGUCACCACCAACAAGGUGCCCCUCGAGGACCGCCGCGGCGUCCCGCACCACCUCCUCGGCGCCGUCCGCCCCGAGGCCGGCGAGCUCCCGCCCUCGGCCUUCCGCUCCAUCGCCGCCACCACCGCCUCCUCGAUCGUGGCGAGGCGCCGCGUCCCCGUCGUGGCCGGCGGCUCCAACUCCCUCAUCCACGCCCUCCUCGCCGACCGCUUCGACGCCUCCGCGGGGGACCCCUUCGCGCGGGGGCGGGGGGAUCGCCCCGCGCUCCGCUUCCCGUGCUGCCUUCUCUGGGUCGACGUCGAGGAGGCGCUGCUGGCGGAGUACCUCGACCGCCGCGUGGACGACAUGUUGGGCGCCGGCAUGGUGGAGGAGCUCCGGGAGUACUUCGCCGCGACCACCCCCGCCGAGCGCGCCGCGCACGCGGGGCUGGGCAAGGCCAUCGGCGUCCCCGAGCUGGGCGGCCACUUCGCGGGGCGCAGGAGCUUCCGCGCCGCGAUCGACGACAUCAAGGCCAACACGCGGGACCUGGCGGCCGCGCAGGUGUCGAAGAUCCGCCGCAUGGCCGACGACUGGGGCUGGCCCGUCCGCCGCCUGGACGCGUCCGCCACCGUCCGCGCCCGCCUCGGCGGCGCGGGCCCCGACGCGGAGUCGGCCUCCUGGGAGCGCGACGUGCGCGGGCCGGGGCUUGCGGCCAUCCGGAGCUUCCUGCGAGACGGCGGCAGCGCCGCCAAUUGCGACGGCGAGGCGGAGGAGCGGAUGGCGCCAUGCUGCGACGUGGUGGGAAAACGAACACACACUUAAAGAUUCGGCUCUGCUCGGCACACAGAAGGGAUGGCUGACUGAUGACCGCACGUCCGACAUGGAGACACAGCCCAG